AUGCCUACCUCGGAUGUCGACAUGCACGAACGAGAUGACUUUGACGAUGACGGCGACGGGGACGACACUUAUUCAUCAACUCAGCGGCCUCAAAUCAUGACCGAGGAGCAGCUUGAUGAAAAGUAUCCGAAGCGUCCUCACAAUCACUCAACCACCUUUCCUUUUCGCUACCUGUUUAUUGACCUUUUCAAUCCACUCNNCAAUGAUAACAAGCGACGUCGCGGCGGUCCUGCUCUUGCAAGGAGACGCGGUACUCACAAGCAGAAUGUCAACGAAACCCGCAAAUCCAUAAUCGAAAGGUUCAUCAAUCGAUGGCGAACCGAAGUUGGCAACGAUGUCUUCCCUCUCUUUCGUCUCAUCGUACCUGAGAAGGACCGUGAACGUCCAAUGUACGGUUUGAAGGAGGCCACCAUUGCCAAGUUAAUGCUCAAGACUCUACAAAUCGACAAGAAUAGUGAGGCUGGCUACAAUCUCCUCCACUGGAAAUUACCUGGUGUCAAGUCCACCAGUCAGAUGGCUGGCGACUUUGCUGGCAGAUGUUAUGAGACCUUGUCUGGUCGUGAAACCCGUACUGAACCCGGCAAUCUCACCAUUGAACAAGUCAACGACAUGCUUGAUGAUUUGUCUUCCAAACACAAGGAGGAAGAACAACUGCCAAUCUUCCGCAAGUUUUACACCAGCAUGAAUCGUGAGGAAAUGAUGUGGUUAAUCCGCAUCAUCCUUCGCCAGAUGAAGGUAGGCGCUACCGAAAAGACCUUGUUCGAGGCAUGGCACAAAGAUGCAGAAAACCUCUUCAACGUGUCUUCGAGUCUGAGACGUGUAUGUUGGGAAUUGCUCGAUCCUGAAGUCAGGCUCGAUGGUGAUGACAAAGGUAUUAGGAUCAUGCAGUGUUUCCAACCACAGCUCGCACAAUUCCAGUCACAUACAGUCGAGAAGAUGGUCACGCAAAUGCAAUGCACUGAGGAAGACCCUUUCUUCUGGAUCGAGGAGAAGCUGGAUGGUGAGAGAAUGCAGCUGCAUAUGAUCUACGACGAGACGGUGCCAGGACAUUACCGAUUCAAUUAUUGGUCGCGUAAAGCCAAGGACUACACUGAUCUCUACGGUCAAGGCUUCCAGGAAGAGCAAUCCGCACUCACACGACACAUCAAAGAUGCGUUCAAUGAGAACGUCCGCAACAUCAUUCUCGACGGUGAGAUGAUUUCUUGGAACAUGAAAGACGACAGGAUUGUAGCUUUUGGCAGUCUGAAGACCCAUGCAAAAGCACACAGAGAGGAUCCCAACUCACAGGAAUCGCGGCCUCUGUUCCGUGUUUUCGACUGCCUUUACUUGAACGACGAAGUCCUCACCAUGUAUACUCUUCGUGACAGAAGAAAAGCGCUCACCUCGGCUGUCAAGAAUGUGUAUCGCAGACUUGAAAUUCAUGAAUAUCUCGAGGCUACUACUGCCGCAGAAGUCGAGCCAAUGCUUCGAAAAGUCGUAGCAGAGUCUUCAGAAGGGCUGGUCAUGAAGAACCCUCGCUCAGUAUAUCAACUCAACACACGCAACAACGACUGGCAGAAGGUAAAACCGGAGUACAUGACUGAAUUCGGAGAAUCACUGGAUUGCAUUGUUAUCGGAGGCUACUAUGGUUCUGGUCAUCGUGGAGGCAACCUCUCUAGCUUUCUGUGUGGGCUGGCUCCUCCUCAUGCGGCAGGUAGCCCCAAUCCAGAGUUUAUGUGGUCAUUCUGCAAAGUUGGUGGUGGAAUGACUGCUCAGGAUUAUGCAGAGAUACGACAUAUGACUGACAAUAAGUGGAACGACUGGGACAAAAACGAUCCGCCGACUGAGUGGAUCGAGCUCGGCGGUUGGGAAGACGGCUUACAGUACGAGAUGCCUGACGUUUGGAUCAAGCCAAGUGAGUCCAUAGUGCUGCAAAUCAAAGCAGCCUCUGUGAUCACGGGUGAGAAGCGUUACCGUACAAAAUGUACUUUGCGAUUCCCACGCUUCACCGCGAUCCGCAAAGAUAAAGACUGGAAGUCAGCUCUUACCUACGAGAGCUUCUGGGCGUUGAAAUCUCGCGCAGAGCACGAGAGGAAGGAGAAAGAGUUCAAGGUCGACGAUGCACGAAAGAAACGUGCCAAGCGUGCUCGCAAGAAGGAGCUCACUGUUAUUGGUGCUGACGAACAGAUCAAGACACCAUAUGCCGGACCUGAGACUGCUCUCUUUAACGGUAUGAGCUUCUACAUCAUCACUGGUGCUGCCAAACCAUUGAAUAAGACGAAGCCAGAACUAGAGCGAUUGGUCAAAGCUACUGGGGGCAAUAUCGUGACAACUCAUACUAAUACCGAGACCAUCUGCAUCGCUGAGGGCAAUCCUAUUCGUGUUGCUUCAAUCAAGAAAGCUGGUACACGCAAUAUCUUCAGACCGCAAUGGCUCCUUGAAUGCAUCAAGCAAGCAGAAGCUGAUGUCGGACGACCCAACGUCUUGCUGCCUUUCGAACCUCGGCACGUUCUUUUCAGCAAGGAAGAAGAUAAGGACAGCUUCGAGGGUAACAUUGACGAGUAUGGUGACAGCUUUGCUCGAGAUGUCGACAUUGAAGAAUUGGAGAAGCUGCUUUCUGACAUGCCUGAUUUCAAUGAUGAAGACUACGACGCCGACGAAAUCAUGGAUGAGCUGUUCGACGACGACGACAUUCUGGAAAGCCCGGGCUGCAUGUUCCGUGGCUUGCGGAUGUACGUCGCUGGCGAUGAUGCAAAACUCGAGGCUGCCAAACGUAUCAUCCUCUUCGCUGGAGCUCGUCUAACCAGCUCAUUGAGCGAUGGAGAGAUCACCCAUGUUGUGGCUUUGGACAUUGAACAAGCCAGGGAAAUGAGAAUUCAGACGGCCAAUCGUAGAUACCCGCCGCGUGUAGUCACUGUAGAAUGGGUCACAAAGUCGCUGAAGGAAGGUACGAGGCUGGAUGAAGAGAGGAGCGACUUCUCAUAA